AUGACCGGCGAGAAGCUGCGCUCGCUGCGCAGGGACCACAAACCCAGCAAGGAGGACGGGGACCUGCUGGGGCACGGCGAGGAGGAGGCGGCCGCCGCGCCCGGAGCCAUCUUCACCGGGGGGCGCGGGAGCGGCGGCAAAGGCGGCCGGGCCGGGGGGCACCGCAUCUUCAGCAACCACCACCACCACCAGCAGCGGCUGCCGCCGAAGGGCGGCCUGGCGGGCGGCGGGACGGGCCCGGCCGCGGAGCCCGAGCGGAGCCCCGCGCACUUCCCCGUGCACGAGUGCGUCUUCAAGGGGGACGUGAGGCGGCUGUCGGCGCUCAUCCGCACGCAGGGCAUCGGCCAGAAGGACAGCCACGGAAACACUCCUUUGCAUCUUGCUGUGAUGUUGGGACAUAAAGAAUGUGCCCACUUGCUUUUAGCCCACAAUGCUCCAGUAAAGGUGAAAAAUGCUCAGGGAUGGAGCCCUCUUGCAGAAGCCAUCAGCUAUGGAGACAGACAAAUGAUUACAGCACUCCUAAGGAAGCUUAAACAGCAGUCCAGGGAAAGUGUUGAAGAAAAGCGACCUCGAUUAUUAAAAGCCCUGAAAGAGCUAGGUGACUUCUAUCUAGAGCUUCACUGGGAUUUUCAAAGUUGGGUGCCUUUACUCUCCCGAAUUCUGCCUUCUGAUGCAUGUAAAAUACACAAACAAGGUAUCAAUAUCAGGCUGGACACAACUCUGAUAGAUUUUACUGACAUGAAGUGCCAACGAGGGGAUUUAAGCUUCAUUUUUAAUGGUGAUGCAGCACCCUCUGAAUCUUUUGUAGUUUUAGACAAUGAGCAAAAAGUUUACCAGCGAAUACAUCACGAGGAAUCUGAGAUGGAAACAGAGGAAGAGGUUGACAUUUUGAUGAGCAGUGAUAUUUACUCAGCAACGUUAUCAACCAAAUCGAUCACCUUCACACGUGCCCAAACGGGGUGGCUUUUUCGGGAAGACAAAACAGAAAGGGUAGGGAACUUUUUGGCAGAUUUCUACCUGGUGAAUGGACUUGUAUUAGAAUCAAGAAAAAGAAGAGAACAUCUCAGUGAGGAGGAUAUUCUUCGAAAUAAAGCUAUCAUGGAGAGCCUGAGUAAAGGUGGCAACUUAAUGGAACAAAACUUUGAGCCGGUCAGACGACAAUCCCUUACUCCACCAUCACCCAAUACCAUUACAUGGGAGGAGUACAUAUCUGCCGAAAAUGGAAAAGCUCCUCAUCUGGGUAGAGAACUGGUCUGCAAAGAAAGCAAGAAAACCUUUAAAGCAACAAUAGCGAUGAGCCAGGAAUUUCCUCUAGGGAUCGAAUCAUUAUUGAAUGUUUUAGAAGUAAUUGCACCCUUCAAGCACUUUAACAAACUUAGAGAAUUUGUUCAAAUGAAGCUUCCACCAGGCUUUCCUGUAAAAUUAGAUAUUCCUGUGUUUCCCACCAUCACAGCCACUGUGACUUUUCAGGAGUUCCGUUACGACGAAUUUGAUGAAUCCAUCUUCACGAUUCCUGAUGACUACAAGGAGGACCCCAGCCGCUUCCCUGAUCUCUAAUUAAACUGGAAGGUUAAUGGUGAAUAACAAAGUAACAAUACCAGCGUACCACAGCGAAAGCAAAUGGAUGCAAAUAGCCCACGGAUAUAGACAGAGAAGUGGGUGACAAGGGAAAGGGAUGAACUCACUAAUCCAGAAGAAAAGGGAAUGUGCAUCAAAUGACUGAUCUACUGACACUGUCGUGGGCAUCUAAUCUAGUUCCUGAUGACAGCAAGUCUCCUGAUGUGUCCUUCACACGUUCAUACAUCCAGUGCUGCAGGCGAGGUCGUCUGCCGCCUCGGUGGCCCUGAGGAUGCUCAACAGCUGUGAGGACUGUCAUUUGUUUUUAAAUUUUUUUACAUUUCUUGUUGAUACAGAAAGCACUCUUGGACCAUAGCGUAAAGGUUGGAAUGUCUUAGCUGCAUAUUCGUCCUUUCCAACGUCCCACCCUACUUAAAGAUGACCAUAUUAUAUUCUUUCAAGCUUUGUUUUCAAGAAGUGUAAACUAUGUAUCAUUCUGUAUACUUCAGUACUCUGAAUGUUAGCUGAGCGUAAGUUAGGAGGAACGCGUUUUCUGUAGCCGAAUGAACCAAAUGGUAACCAUUAAACGAUUGCAUUUUCCUACUGCAAUAUACUUCAGAAACAGCAUUUGCUCUGCAGGGAACGAGGUGCCUCCCGCAGCCCCUCAGCGCAGCCCCUCGGCGCAGCCAUUCUGGUGCUACCCGUGUCUCUCCAAGCGUUCAUUUUCUCACAGGGCUGGUUGUUCAUUUUCCUUCCGUUGGCUCUGCACAGCAGUUCCCUGUGACUGGCUUGGCCGUCCUCUCCGUGUCCGUGAUGCUGUGCUGAUUAGCGAGCGUGGAAGUUCACGAGCUAGCAAGUAUCCCCUUCUUUCUGCUCCUUUCCCACUCACCGAGGAGACUUGCUCCAUGAUGGGCCGACGUCAGCAGGCGCUGCAAAGCAGGGCUGCGUGCGAGGAGCUCUGAGAACAAGAGGCUCAAGCAUCAAGUCUUGUAUGAGAAAAGGCUUUCCUUGAAGUUAGUUGAAUUGUGGUGCACACUGAAUAGGGCUCAGUGGAGGAUUUUGUUGGCAAAUGCUUACAAUGUUUCUAAAUUAAUUUCUUCCUCUUAGUGGUUUUAAUAGAUGGGAGUUCCAGUGCUCUGCCUUCUCGAGCUUAUUCUCAUUCCAAGUGGUUCCAGUCUCCUAAUUUGACAGUAAUCCAGCUUUCGGUUUGUUAGAAAGAAUCUGUGCAAAAGGCUAAUGGUGCUAUUUGUUUGUAUUAAGAGAUUUAGAUUAAAGUGCUGUGGUGUAAUUGUACAAAAAUGUAAAUAUUUUGAAGAUUAUAUUCUUUGUGCACUGUAGUUAAAACUUUUUCUGGAAGUCAAUAGAGGUAAGUUUCAAAACUUAGUACAAAAAGCCCCACGGCUGCUUAGUGGAGGUGCCGACCCGGCUCCCCGUGCAGGUGGUGAAUGGCUUCUCUCCUCACAAGGCAAUAACAGCUCGUCAGGCACAGCCGUGGGCCUGGAGCUGCGUGUGGAGGAGGCUUCCGAGCUGCUGGCAUCCGUACCAACGCAGCAGUGCUCCAGGAGGUGCAGAGCCUGCUGGCAUGGAGUCCGGCUGAAGCGCUGUCAGCAGCACACGGGGCAGCUGGAAAUAGGGAGCAGGGCUGACCCUCGUCCCGUCGCUGUGAGCCCUGGGCUCUGCCAGCUGGGUGCUGCUCACGGAACGACUGAGGCGCUGCAGCGGUUCGGUAUCCAAAGGAAAAGAGGGGAAAAGGGAGAUGGAUGACGGUCACUGUUCAGUACUGUAUCUGUAGCAGAUGUUGGGCAUUCAGGGGGAAUGAUAUUACUUGUUCUUCCAAGUAAUGAUGAAUUCCUUGCAGUGUUUUACAUCUGUGGUACAAACCAACAGCAAACUGAGCUGAGAUCCACGCUGCUGAACGCAUGGAGGGGCCGAUGCCGCAGCCUGUGCAGGAGGGCCGUGUGUCAGUGGGGCCACGCGCUGCGUUCCCCCAUUGCUGUGGCCUCCAGGUGUCCAACACCAAGCAUGUUGCUGGGGGAGGUGCUGCUGGUCAGGUUUGGGGCAGGUGUGGAGCUGGGGUGGCUGUGGGUGCUGCACAGCAAUGAGUUGCUGAGAAAUUUCAGCGGAUGCAGAAAAAUGUUACUGCGUAAAAAGUGAAUGUCAGAAUCUUUUUUUUUUUCUCUGCAGUAUCACAGGGCAGGAGCUGUGUGUUCUGUGUUAUUCGUGUCUCCAGAUAUUCCAGAGUAGUGCAGAGCUCGCUGGCACAGGAAGGGGCCCACAGAACCAGGGUUGGGUGUUUGAGGAGAUGCUGCAGCUGCAGCGGAUUCAAGAUGUGAACAAAAACAAAUACUUUCAGAGUAGCCUUGUGUGGGAAGGCAGGUCCUGGGCAUCCCUGUGCAUAGAAGAGGCAGUGCUGACUGCUCAUGGUGGUGAGGUUUGGGCAGCGUCAGUGCUUUCCUGAGCUCUGGCUGCAGAUCUGCUAGCUCUGGUUUCUUAACCUUUGUGAUUAUACAGUACCUUGAGGUUCGCAGGAGCUGUUUGUAGUGGUGGCUGUGUUAGGGUUUGCCCCGAUGUGGGUUGGACACAGAUUUUGUUGAGGGAAGUCCCUCUGUCACUGCAGUGAAUGCACCUGGCUGCUUUUCUUAGCCUGAAGCUGAGGGAGCUGACUCCAUCCGCUUCUCUUCUCCACCUGUGACUGCCCUUAGAUUCCUGUGUCACCCUCGUGAAGUAAGAACUGCUGAACUGUUUCUCGGUGCAUUUCCUCCCAGCGUUUGGUGAUGUGUUUUCUAUCCAAGACAUUCCUGGCCAUGAGUGGCAGGGCGCAGUGAGCUUUAUGGGCGCUGCUCCGUCCCAGCAGUGAGGCACAGCCCCGUGCCGCGGGUGCGGCGGUGCUGGGGCACUUCUCCAGCAGGGGCUGCACCCGCACUCAUUGCAACGUUUGAUCUAAUCGGUGUUUUGCUCGGGAGGCCUCUGGCGCUGACGCAGUGAGUGGCAUUGCAGUGAGUGGCAUUGCAGUGAGUGGCAUUGCAGUGAGUGGCAUUGCAGAGCUCUGCUCCGCUGGGCCGGCGCUGCUGGGGGUGAAACAGUUGUGGUCUGCACAGAGCUGUGCUGUGGGCAGUGGUGCCCUGCUUGUGAUCUCCUGUUUGGAAUUCUGGAAAAUUACCUUUUGUAGCAGGAUGGAUCCAGCAGAGCUUCAUUUGUUUCCCUCCACUUUAAGGCCCAGUUGGGCAUUAAGGAAGCUGUGGUCCCCUUUAGAAUGAAUGCAUAUCAUGGUGGUCUCACAGCACGCAGCCCAGCACUGCUGCUGCACCCAGGUCCUCAGCAGAGCACGGCGCUGAGCAGCGUGCUGGGGGGGAAGGCUCUGCAGCCCUGCUGUGAGCUCCACCUCGCCGUGCUCCUCUCUGAUCUCAACGCUGCUUUUUUACGAUGGCUGUGAGACGUUUUUAUGAUCAUCUUCAAAGGCGGCCACUGAUUUUGGUAAACUGAAACAAGAAAUCGUGGCAGACGAAUUCUAAGGGGUUGUUUCUUCACCAAACCGUUCCGCUGGUCUUCCAAAACACUGCUUUACUUUGUGGCAAAGGGAACGGGGCGUUUUCUUUUCCCUUCGGAGGAGCUGCUGUUCCAAUCUCUGCACUCACUUCGCUGUGGUUCUUGGUUUAUGUGUUGAAAUGAUUUGUUACAGAACCCUCUGGACGUAUUUGUGCUGGAAACCCACGUGGUUGAUAUUCAAAGCAACCGUCCAUCUUUUUACACGUGUUUGUUCUUUGGUUUGUAAUUCACGCCAGGAUAACUGCGUUAUUUAAUCUGUAUUAACAAAUUUCCUGUAAUGCUGCAGUUUCGCAUUUAUUUUCCUUACAAUUUGUAAUUACCAUGGAACCAAUGUCACGUUUUUGCUUUUUACUGGCCGUCCGGUCCAUGUUUUUAACUUCCCUUCACUAAUAGUACUUUUUUGUUGUAUCAUUUGUUAGAAUAAAGACCAAAACAUGCUGUUUGAUUCUGAACUGCUCAA